AUGUUAAGCCAUAUCUCGGUAGCCUGCUUUGUGCUUCUGACGUCAUCACGUUUGGAAGCUGCGUUUUGCCCAUCUGACAAUGGUAUGACGGAUGAACUUAGGCAGAUUUUCGUUGAUAAACACAAUGAGUACCGAUCUACUAUUGCUAAAGGAAAGGCCGUGGAUAAAAUUGGAGGAUUUGCUCCGAAAGCAGCGAGAAUGUUGAAAGUGAGUUACGACUGCGAAGUUGAAGCAAAUAUGGCAGCAUAUGCAAAAGAGUGCAAAUUCGAACAUGACCCACCUGCACAAAGGAACUAUUGGGGGCUGAACCUGUGGAUGUUGCCAGACACUAAUCUCAGCAAGACGGAGUCCGCAGAAUUAAGUGUCCAAGCCUGGUUCUGGGAAUUAAAGCUGUAUGGUGUACCACAGGACAAUAUCUUGACAGAAGAAGUUUAUAACCGAGGCGUUGGGCAUUACACGCAGCUGGCCUGGCAAACGAGUGACAGAAUAGGUUGCGCAAUUCAGUGGUGUCCAACCAUGACACUUGUGGGAUGCGAGUAUAACCCUACGGGCAAUAAUCACAACCAGCUGAUUUACGACAUAGGAGAUCCGUGCACAACUGAUGAAGACUGUCAAUGCACUGGCUGCACUUGUAGUAAAGAUGAGGCCCUCUGUAUUCCUCCAGGAUAUACUACCGUCAUGCCACCGACCACAGAGAAACCUACUACAACACCUAAAAUAUACCAUCCAGGUGGGAUGUGCCCUGAGAAUAAUAACGGAAUGACAGAUGAGACUAGGCAGAUGUUCGUCGACAAACACAAUGAGUAUCGUUCCCUCAUAGCUAAAGGACUAGCCCACAACAAUAAUGGAGGAUUUGCUCCAAAAGCGGCCAGAAUGAUGAAAGUGAGCUACGAUUGCAAUGUUGAAGCAAAUGCGAUUGAAUGGGCGAAGGAUUGCUCGCUUGGGUACAACGCUGUUGCGCAAGACAACCAGUGGGGGUAUAAUGUAAACUCACUGUUACCAAAUAUUAACAAGACAGAAGCCGCAGCAGAGAGUGUUGAAGCCUGGUUCAGCGAGUUGCAAAAAUAUGGCGCACCCAAGAAUAACAUUUUCAGCAUGGAAGUUUAUAAUCAAAACCUGAUAUCAGAAUACGCUCAGUUGGCCUGGCAAUCGAGCAACACAAUUGGUUGCGCAAUUGUAUCUUGUUUCAAUGGUUCCUCUACACUUGCAGUAUGCGAAUAUAACCCAGGAGGAGACUUCAUUGGCGAACCGAUUUAUACUAUAGGAAAUCCGUGCACAACUGACGAAGACUGCCAAUGCAGUGGUUGUACUUGCAGCAAAGAUGAGGCACUUUGCAUUGCUCCUUAA